UCAUGAAAGAACCCCAUUUCCCAUUUGUGAUCGAAGGGCUCGAUAUGAGGUUCAAAUUCCUAUGGUUGAGGAACAAUGCGGCGGAAGAUAUCCACGCAAAAUUCAAAUUAGGGUUCCAAGCAUACCUCAUAAAAGGUGUUCUUCCUCACACUCCCAUUUCAUACAGGCCCUUCUUCGGCUUCUCCGAUCAUAUUCAUCCUACCCAAACCUACGGAACGACUACAAACUGUCAUGAAACGACUAAAGUUUCAAACCCAGUUGCUGUCUCAGAUGAUUCCAUCAACGUUUAUGGCCAAUCUGCUGUUUAUGUCCAAAACGUCCUCAAAUUUAGAAGACACAAACCAGUGGAGGAGAUCGAGACGGCUCUUAAUCGAUGCAGCCUCGUCUUAACCGAUGAUUUUGUUCUACAAGUGUUGCGAAGGCAUCGAUCGGAUUGGAAACCCGCCUUCGAUUUCUUCAAUUGGGUUACGAAAAGAGGUAAUGGAGAAGGUGAGUACUCCCCUGGUUCUGUUAUUUACAAUGAGAUUCUUGAUAUUCUUGGGAAAUCCAGACGCUUCGAUGAAGUAGACAAGGUGUUUGUAGAAAUGUCUAAGAGAAAAAAACUUGUUAAUGAGGAAACAUAUUUAGUUCUUCUUAAUAGAUAUGCUGCAGCUCAUAAGGUGGAGGAAGCAAUUGACAUCUUCCACAGAAGGCAAGAACUUGGUCUUGAGAUGAAUUUGAUAGCGUUUCAGUCACUUUUGAUGUGGUUAUGUAGAUACAAACAUGUAGAAGUUGCAGAGACCCUGUUCCACUCCAAGAAGCAUGAGUUUUUUCCUGAUAUUAAGACGAGUAAUAUUGUUCUUAAUGGGUGGUGUGUGUUGGGAAAUGUUCAUGAAGCCAAGAGGUUUUGGAGGGAGAUAAUUGAAUCGAAGUGGGAGCCUGAUAUAUACACUUAUGGGACUUUGAUAAACUCAUUGACAAAGAAGGGAAAGUUAGGGACGGCUUUGAAGUUGUAUAGAGCCAUGUGGGAGAAGGGCUUAAAACCCGAUGUUGUAAUCUGCAAUUGCAUCAUUGAUGCACUUUGUUUCAAGAAGAGGAUUGCUGAAGCUCUAGAGAUCUUCAAGGAAAUGAACGAGAGAGGGUGUGCCUCAAAUGUAGCAACUUACAACACUCUCAUCAAACACCUCUGUAAGAUUAGGAGGAUGGAGAAGGUUAAUGAGCUUUUAGAUGAAAUGGAGGAGAGAAAUAGAAGUUGUUGGCCGAAUUCUGUGACGUUUAGCUACUUACUUGCGUCGGUAAGGGAACCGGAGGAAGUUCCGAUCCUCGUGGAAAGGAUGGAGAGGAGUGGAUGCAAGAUGAGCAGUGACACUUACAAUCUGAUAUUGCGAUUGUACAUGGAGUGGGAUAUUGAGGAAAGGGUUAAGUGUACUUGGAAUGAAAUGGAAGAGAUGGGGUUGGGACCGGACCGUCGGUCUUACACGAUUAUGAUACACGGUUUGUACGAGAAGGGAAGAAAAGAAGAGGGGUUGCGUUAUUAUAGGGAGAUGACACUGAAGGGAAUGAUGGUUGAGGCAAAGACUGAGAAGUUGGUGAAUGCUAUGAACGUGAAACUGCAGAAAAGAAGGUGAUGAAUUGAUCCCAAAAUGUAGC